UAAGAUUAGCUUAAUUACAAAUUUGAUCCAAUUUCGCAAAAUUAGCUCCGCCGUUAUAAAAAUUAGCUCCGCCGCCAUCUGCCGUCGCGAAUAGCUCUCUGACAGAAGCUCCAUUGAAGCUCAGAAACCGUCGUGAAGCUUCCAAGUGACGCUCUUCUCAGCUCAUAUUUGCUAGUUGUAAGUCAUCUCAGUUCAAGUGUCUUGCAGAAAAUCAACCAAGGCAAGAGGCUGAUUGCUACAAGUCCUUCUCAAAUUCAUGAUAAGGGCAAAUUGGAAAUUCUUUGAAACAGCUUGUAAAAAUGAUUACAUUAGAAAACAUUCUAAAAGUGCAAGUACCUACCAAGCACUAGAGUCAAUAAGCAAAAUGAAUGGACUAAUGGAGAAACCAACAAAGUAUGUUCUUUGUAAUACACUUAGUUCUUGUGCAAAAAACCUGAAUUGGCAUUUGGGCAUACAAAUCCAUGCAUAUAUGAUUCGAUCUGGAUACGAAGAUAAUUUGUUCCUUAGUAGUGCUCUUGUGGAUUUCUAUGCAAAAUGUUUUGCCAUUGUGGAUGCAAGGAAGAUAUUUAGGGCCAUGAGAAUACAUGAUCAGGUGUCGUGGACUUCACUUAUUGCUGGAUUUUCAGCAAACAAACAAGGAAGAGAUGCCUUCUUGUUGUUCAAAGAGAUGUUAGGAACUCAAAUUAGGCCCAAUUGUUUUACCUUGACUAGUGUCAUUAAUGCAUGUGUGGGGCAAAAUGGAGACUUCGAACAUUGUCCGACUCUUCAUGUUCAUGUCAUCAAACGAGGAUUUGAUACUAGCAAUUUUGUCAUCAGUUCAUUAGUUGAUUGUUAUGCAAAUCGAGGACAAAUUGAUGAUGCUGUAUUAUUAUUUAAUGAAACUAGUGAGAAGGAUACUGUUAUAUACAACACAAUGAUAUCUGGAUAUUGUCAAAACCAGUACAGCGAAGAUGCACUGAAAUUAUUUGUUGAAAUGCAGGAAAAAAAUAUGAAUCCUACUGAUCAUACUUUAUGUUCCAUUUUAAGUGCUUGCAGCAGCCUUGCAGUGCUUCUUGAAGGAAAACAAGUGCACUCUCUGGUUAUUAAAAUGGGUUCUGAGAGGAAUGUAUUUGUGGCCAGUGCUCUGAUUGAUAUGUAUUCAAAGAGUGGUGACAUCGAUGAGGCUCGAUGUGUGUUAGAUCAGACAUCUAAGAAGAACACCGUGUUGUGGACAUCCAUGAUCAUGGGUUAUGCUCAAUGUGGGAGAGGUUUAGAGGCUUUGGAACUUUUUGAUUAUUUAUUGACCGAGCAAGAGUUGAUUCCUGAUCGUGUCUGCUUUACUGCUGUCUUAACAGCCUGUAAUCAUGCAGGAUUUAUUGACAAAGGGGAGGAAUAUUUCAACCAAAUGAGAACAAAUUAUGGGUUGUCUCCUGAUAUAGACCAAUAUGCUUGCUUGAUUGAUCUCUAUGCUAGAAAUGGAAAUCUAAGAAAGGCAAGGGAUUUAAUGGAAGAAAUGCCUUAUGAUCCAAAUUGUAUAAUUUGGAGUUCUUUCUUGAGUGCUUGCAACAUUUAUGGAGACGUAGAGCUUGGAAGAGAGGCCGCUAAUCAGCUCAUUAAGAUGGAACCUUGUAAUGCAGCUUCAUAUUUAACUUUAGCACAUAUCUAUACAAGAAAAGGUUUAUGGAACGAAGCAUCUGAAGUUAGAAGUCUUAUGCAACAAAGGAUUAAAAGAAAACCGGCAGGAUGGAGUUGGAUAGAAGUAGAUAAGCAGUUUCAUGUCUUUGCAGUUGAUGAUGUUACCCAUCAACAAUCAAAUGAAAUCUAUGCAGAGUUAGAAAAGAUUUACUUUGGAAUUUUAGAAGUGUCACCCCAUGUAGUAGAGGAUAUCAAUAUUGAAGCGUAGGUUUACUGGCUUCACGCGGAAUGCAUGUUCCAACUUAUGAUGAAAAAAGUUAUUACUCAUGCUAUUAAUCAGUGCAUCACUGAUGAUGAUUAGUGAUCACAAACGAUGGUUGAAUAUCACUUCGUGAAAACCGUAGAGAUUUCCUCAAACACUCUUUGUGGAUCUGUGAUAUUUUAUAGGUCUCAAGGAUUUGUUCCGUUGCUGUUUGACUUGGAGAUUUGUCAAAGGUGAUUGUAAAGCUAGUAACAAGAAUGGUGAAAUAUAGGACUCGUCUCGUUUCACAAGGUCAAUAGUUUAGUAGGCAAUAUCAUAAACCUCUCCAUCGAAGAUGAAACUGAUCGGUAGUAGUUCAAGUUCUCAUCAGAAUGACUCUUUAGGGGCUCACAUGAUGCCAGUAGUGAAAGAAGCCUUUAUAAACCAUGAAACUUAAAUAUAUGUGAUAUUGCAUAUGAUCAUGUACUAUAUUCAACUUCAUUAUUUAUACUCUGUUAAGAAAGACUGGGAGAAAGAUGUUUGGAGAUGAUGUUGCCGUACUUUGCAUUGCAGUUUGUUUGACAGUCAUACGCUCUUUUGCUGGGGAACAUCUGAAAUGGAAGUAGAGAGUUUUGCUUGUUGAAGAAGCAAUUUUUCUAUACAGUGCAUAAUCAAUCCAAGUGAUUUUCAGGGUUAUUGCAUUUUAUAUGUCGCGCUAAACAUCACACUUUCAGGAAAGUUUUUCUGUUAUGGGUGAUAGUCUGAUAGAGACUAAACAUCAUACUUUCAGGAAGGGUUUUGCUGACGAGGAGGGUAUUGCAUUGAGUAGUGGAAGUAACACAAGUUUUCAAAAUACAAGGGCAGUUAUUAGUUUAUUAUGCAACUGUGAUGGAAACAGUAGUGUUUAUAUACUCAUUGUUUCAAAGAAAUGUAUUUUGUAUCUUAGGUCAAAAUUAGAUGAUCUACAACUUUUUCUCAUUUUACUGAGAAGUUAUUAUUUGUAUCUAGGAAAGUAUUUAGAUAGACUGAACAGCCAUAACAAGUGAAGCUUGUGAACUUGCUAAUUUGAAGCAAGUGUGAAAUAUGAUAAUGUACUCCCUC